UGGGGCCCUAAGAAAGGGCCAAAAUACCUGCAAGGUGCAGUAGCAAAUGCUAACGUCUGCUCACCAGGCGCCACACGCGCUCUGAGUGCUGCCAUCUGUAAAUUCACCUGGUCCUCAAAGCAGUUCUAGGACUUAGGUACUCUUCUUACACCCAUUCACAGGCAACAAACGGAGGCAUGGAGAAGUUAGAUGACUUGCCUAAGACCAUACAGCUAGAACGUGCUACAGCGAGGAUCUAUCCACUUCGCAUUUUUCAAUUUUAUUCAGCAUAUCCUCUGACUUGGUGAUAAACCUUAGGGGAGAACUAAUACUCAUUUGACAUCUACUUGUAUCCCAGGUGAAGAAACUAAGGCAGAGAGAUGAAAUGACUUUACCAAUGUCACACUGGGAGUUCAUGAAGGCUAGAGGUCACAUCACUGUCCGCUUCCAAACUCUGUGCGCUUUCUACUACACCAUAUUAGCUCUAUCAACGUUCAGUGUAGAAACAGCGAAUGUGGAUUGAACAUCCUCAACGUGCCAGGCCCUGUGAAGGUUUCCGGGAUUCCACAGGUGGACAUGGAAACCACUUAACAUCUAUCAGGUGCAUGAGACUUCUAUCAAGCCAGCUGAGCGAGCUAUAAGAUCAUGGAAAGGUUAUCAAGAGAUGGUGCAAAAUGUGGAUUCAUUUGAAUUAUAUGGCAACAUCCACAGAGUGGAAUUGAAAGUCUUGCACUUGUGUUUUCAUGCACAGCAAUAAUUUGGUGCGUUAUGGCUCUAGUGCACUUGGAAGCAAGAAGAGUUCUCUCCUUUAUGAUACAGGCUUGAUGGAAACUCACCCCAUACUGGCUAAAUGAAGUCGUGCCUCAUACUUUUCAGACAACACAUUCCAUUUGAUUCAAUCCCUCAAGUGUUAUUGAGCUCUGUGAUAGAUGCUGGAAAUAUAAACAUAAAAAAAGACAUGAUUCCUGUCCUCAGAGCUCAAACUUUGAUAGCGGAGGGAGGCAAGUAAACAAAUUUAGAGUCCAGCACAGUAAGGGCAAAGGAAUGGCCUGAGAAAGAGGGGAAUUGUGCACAGAGGAGGGAAUGAUGGACUGUGCCGCAGGAGAAACUGGAAGGAGCAAUUACCUGGGAUGGAUUUCGAAAAAGGAAGUAGAACGAGUGGAUAUGGCGUGGCUGUUACUGCACUGCAGGGAGAGAGAGCAGCAGGCGAAGAUACAGACUCAGGAAGCCGCUGGGCGUUGCGCUGAUGAUAACUGGUUUACCAUGGCUGUGCGGUGAGACUUUCAUUUCCACCUGCCCCACCCCAGCGUCUGGGUUUCAUUUUGUUUGGAACUUGGGUGAGAAAGAGGAGUGCAAUUCAUCAGCCCCUUCAAACACCAAAACGCUUCAUCUGUGCAAGGAAUGAGCAUGAGAGUUCUUUGAAGUGGGAUGAUAUUCUUGUACCUAGAAGCUCUCCACCACAGCUAAAGCUGCAGCUGAAGUGAGUAGCGAAUACAGUAUGGACAAGGCAAUGGUUGAAUUUGCUAUGAUGGAUCGAGAACUAAACCAUUAUGUAAAAGCUGUUGAAUCUAUGAUAAGUCAUGGUUGGGAGAGCAGCAUAAAAUUAGAAUCAGCCAGCUGAUUGCCCAGCAGGAUGUCGUCAACUAUCCAAGCACAGAGCCUGAAGGACCCUGAGAUUGCAAAACUCUUCUCCAAAGAAGAUCCAGGGAAGCGCUUCACAGAUCUCAGAAAAGUUGGCCAGGGAGGCUAUGGAACAGUGUUCUUUGCACGAGAUGUGCACACCCAUGACGAGGUGGCUAUCAAGAGAAUACCUUUUACUGGAAAGAGGGCUAUGGAGAGUUGGCAGGGUAUUAUUAAGGAAGUCAGGUGCCUACGAACAUUAAAACAUCCCAACAUUGUAGAAUACAAAGGCUGCUAUUUACGUGAGCACAGAGCAUGGCUUGUAAUGGAAUAUUGUUCACAAUCUGUUUCAGAUUUGCUGGAAUUUCACAUAAUGCCAUUACAAGAAAUGGAAAUAGCAGCAAUUAUACACGGUGCUCUUCAGGGAUUAGCCUACUUACAUUCUCGUGCCAUGAUCCAUAGAGACAUCCAAGCAAGAAAUAUCCUUCUGACACCACGAGGCCAGGUGAAACUUGCUGACUUUGGAUUUGCUUCCAUGGCCUCUUCUUCCAAGACUUUUGUGGGAACACCGCAUUGGAUGGCCCCAGAAAUAAUUUUAGGCAGGAAUGAAGAACAAUAUGAUAGCAAAGUAGAUGUAUGGUCUCUGGGGAUAACAUGUAUUGAAAUAGCGGAAAGGGAGCCUCCUUUAUUUGCUAUGAAUGCAAGGUGUGCCUUAAAGCUCAUUACCAGAAAUAACCCCCCUACACUACAGUCUAAUGAAUGGUCCAGUUCUUUUCACAACUUUGUAGAGGCUUGCCUCCAGAAAAACCCUAAAGAUCGCCCUACAUCAAAGACACUUUUAAAGCACCCAUUUCUUCUUCGGGAGCGACCUACAACAGUGGUAACAGAUCUCCUUCAAAGGGCAAAGGAAGAAAAAAACGGAGUGCUGGACAAUCUGCGCAAUCGAAAGACGAAGAAGGUCCUUUCCCAGGAGGCACAUAAAGGGCCAGCAGUAGGAGCACAGGAAGAAAAGGACCAAGAUCACGGUGUUGGACAGGCAGGAGCAGUGCACAAUAUUGGAAGUCAUCAGUCUGUUCCCCGUAUGUGCAGCAGGACCAGGAGUCAAAGCGGUGGGGUUGACAUUCUUCAGGAUGCCUCGGGUAACAAGGAUGAGCUACCCGUGAUGGAGGGAAUCGAAACAAUUACGUCUAAUGAUUCUGCCAUCCGUUCAAGACCUGUUACAAGUGAAAUGCCAGAACAUGAGCAGGAAAGUCAGCUCAGAGAACAAAUGUCUGGCUGUAAGAGAAUGACACAGCAACAUCAGAAACAGCUCAUGAAUCUGGAAAAAAAGUUAAAGGCUGAGAUGGAUGAGCAUCGCCUCAGAUUAGAGAAAGACCUUGAAACUCAGCGUAACACCUUCGCUGUAAAAAUGAAGAAGCUUCUCAAGAAACACCAGGCGGCAGUGGAAAAAGAGGCUAAAGUGAUGUGCAACGAGGUGAAAAAAUUUCAGCAGCGUAUCCAGGCUGAGCAGAAGAAAGAACUGGAUAGCCUUUUGAAGACCCAGAAGAGAGAAUACAAACUUCGAAAGGAACAGCUUAAGGAGGAGCUGAAUGAAAACAAGAGCACCCCAAGAAAAGAAAGAGAGGAAUGGCUUUCAAAGCAGAAAGAGAACAUACAGCAUUUCCAAGAAGAGGAAAAGACCAAUCUUCUUCAGCAUCAGAGACGGUACCUAGACCUGCAAUGCCGUCUCUUCGAAAGAAAGCUGUUACUUGGGUGCCACAACUUGGAGCAGGACCUUGUCAGGGAGGAAUUAAAUAAAAGAAAGGCUCAAAAGGACUUAGAGCAUGCAAUGCUUCUGCAACAGCAUGAAUCCACGCAAGAACUGGAGUUCCGCCACCUCAACACAGUGCAGAAGAUGCGCUGUGAGUUGAUGAGUCUGCAGCAUCAAACCGAGCUCACUGACCAGCUGGGGCGUAAUAAACGGAGAGAGCGAGAACUAAGGCAGAAGCAUGUCAUGCAGGUUCGACAGCAGCCGAAGAGUCUGAAGCCGCAUUUGGAUGAAGCACAGGAGGCAGAGUGCCAGGCUUUGAAAACGCAGCUGCAGCAGGAACUGGAGCUGUUGACUGAACUUCAGAGCAAGAUCAAAAUGCAGGCUGAGGCACAAGACGCUCAGGAGCUUCGGGAGCUUGAACAGAGGGUCUCCCUCCGCAAGGCACUCUUAAAACAACAGAUUGAAGAAGAGAAACUGACAUCACAGAAUGAGUGCACUGAAAGGAUACGAAGCCUGCUGGAGCGUCGAGCAAAAGAGAUGAAAGCUGUCGACUUUGAAAGCGAGGGACUAGGUUUUAGAAACAUCCAUUCUAACCUUGCCCCUGAAGCAUUCAGCCACAGCUCCCCCAGAGCUCCUCACAGGGGGCAUCCCAUAGGUGGCCUACCACAAGCCUGGGGCCAUCCAGUGCAAGGUGGGUCCCCGGCCAUGCAGGUCACCCUUCUGAGCCAAUGCAUGGGGUACCCCGAGGUAGCACUAUGGGAGUUCGCAAUAGCCUUCGGGUUCUGAGGCGGACAGCUGCCGGAGGAUGUACGGAACACGGCAUGAACAGAAGCACCAGUGUCACUUGACAAAUAUCCAAUGGGUCACACAUGUCUCACACGUAACUUAAAAUUGAGAAUGGCGAGGAGGAGCCAAGAUGGUGCCGUGAGUAGGACAGCGGAAAUUUCCUCCCAAAAACAUAUAUAUUUUUGAAAAUACAACCAUUCCUAAAACAGAGACCAGAAGAUACAGUACAACAGCCAGGCUACAUCUACAUCUGCGAGAACCCAGUGCCUCGCGAAGGGGGUAAGAUACAAGCCGUGGCCCGGCAGGACCCGAGUGCCCCCCACCCCAGCUCCUGGCAGGAGGAGGAGAGUCAGAGCGGGGAGGGAGAGGGAGCCCAGGACUGCUAAAUACCCAGCCCUAGCCAUCCGCACCAGAGCACGGACCCACAGUGCGUGGUGUGCUGGAUACUAGGGAAACUGAACAGUAAAACCUGCGAGCGGGUCCCCACAGCCAGCGCACCUGGAACAAAAGAAAAGCAAGUGCUUUUUGAAGGUCUUAAAGGGACAGGGGCCUCACAGCUGGAUGGAGGCGUCCCAGCACACUCAGCCGAGCAGCUGGGAAUCCCGGGGAAGUCCAGGCGCCCCGACGCCCUGGACGACAACGCAGCUCGGAGGCCCCUCACAGUGAUAAACAGCCUCCCACCCAUUUCCCCUCUGGUGCGGCCCCACCAGCGCAGAGCAGCAGCCUAAAAGUGGCCACGCCCACAACAACCAUGCGGAGCUUACUCCACAGUAGCGGGGCAAGAAUCAGAGACCCGUCUGCACACAGCUGCCCAGUAAAAGCCGCUGGGGGUCACCGUUCUCCCAGGAAAGGAAGGCCAGGAGCAAGUGGAAAGGGACUUUGAUCUCCCAGCUGACACACAUGCCAACUGCCUACGACUACCUCUAUCACCAUGAAAAGGCAGAAGAAUUUGAUACAGACCAGACUAACCCAGACAUCCUCCCCCGAGAGGGAAUCUGAGGAGAUAGAUUUAACCAAUCUUCCUGAAAAAGAAUUCAAAAUAAAGGUCAUAACCAUGCUGAUGGACUUGCAGAGAAAUAUGCAAGAGCUAAGGAGGGAGAAUACAGAAAUAAAAGAAUCUCUGGAAGGACUUAAAAGCUGAAUGGAUGAGAUGCAAGAGGCCAUUAAUGGAAUAGAAAUCAAUGAACAGGAAUGCAGAGAAGCUAGGAUCUCCAGGAAUGAAACAAUAUUGAGAGAACUGUGUGACCAAUCAAAACAGAACAAUAUACACAUUAUAGGGGUACCAGAAGAAGAGAGUAAAAAAAGGGAUAGAAAGUGACUUUGAGGAAAUAAUUGCUGAAAACUUCCCCAAACUGGGGGAGGAAAUAGCCUCUCAGACCACUGAAGCACACAGAAUUCGCAACACAAGGGACCCAAGGAGGACAACACCAAGACACAUAAUAAUUAAAAUGGCAAAGAUCAAAGACAAGGACAGAAUAUUAAAGGCAGCCAGAGAGAGAAAAAAGGUCAUCUACAAAGGAAAACCCAUCAGGUUAUCAUCAGACUUCUCAACAGAAACCUUACAGGCCAGAAGAGAAUGGCAUGAUAUAUUUAAUGCAAUGAAACAGAAGGGCCUUGAACCAAGGAUACUGUAUCCAACACGAUUAUCAUUUAAAUUUGAAGGAGGGAUUAAACAAUUCCCAGACAAGCAAAAGUUGAGGGAAUUUGCCUCCCACAAACCACCUCUACAGGGUAUUUUAGAGGGACUGUGCUAGAUGGAAGGACUCCUAACACUAAACAGAUGUCACCAGAGAAAAUAAAAUCACAGCAAAGAAAGCGGACCAAAUACUAACUAAAGGCAAAAAAUUAAAUCAACUACCCAAAAAAGCAGUCAAAGGAAACACAAAAGAGCACACACACACACACACACACACACACACACACACACACACACACGAAAAAAAACACCUAACAUUCAAAGAAUGGAGGAGGAGGAAUAAGAAAAGAAGGGAGAGAAAUAAAGAAUCAUCAGACUGUGUUUAUAAUAGCUUAUAAGUGAGUGAAGUUAGACAGUAAUGUAGUAAAGAAGCUAACCUUGAACCUUUGGUAACCAAAACCUAAAGCCUGCAAUCUCAAUAAGUGCAUAUCUUUCAAUAAUCACCCUAAAUGUAAAUGGACUGAAUGCACCAAUCAAAAGACACAGAGUAAUAGAAUGGAUAAAAAAGCAAGACCCAUCUAUAUGCUGCUUACAAGAGACUCACCUCAAACCCAAAGACAUGCACAGACUAAAAGUCAAGGGAUGGAGAAAGAUAUUUCAUGCAAACAAGGAGCAAAAAGCAGGUGUUGCAGUACUAGUGUCAGACUAAAUAGACUUCAAAACAAAGAAAGUCACAAGGACAUUACAUAAUGAUAAAGGUGUCAAUCCAACCAGAGGAUAUAACCAUUAUAAAUAUAUACACACCCAAUACAGGAGCACCAACAUAUGUGAAACAAAUACUAACAAUUAAAGGAGGAAAUAGAAUGCAAUGCAUUCAUUUUAGGAGACUUCAACACACCACUCACUCCAAAGGACAGAUCCACCAGACAGAAAACAAGUAAGGACACAGAGGCACUGAACAACACACUGGAACAGAUGGACCUAAUAGACAUCUAUAGAACUCUACACCCAAAAGCAACAGGAUACACAUUCUUCUCAAGUGCACAUGGAACAUUCUCCAAAAUAGACCACAUACUAGGCCACAAAAAGAGCCUCAGUAAAUUCAAAAAGACUGAAAUUCUACCAACCAACUUCUCAGACCACAAAGGCAUAAAACUAGAAAUUGCACAUAGAAAGCAAAAGGGCUCACAAGCACAUGGAGGCUUAACAACAUGCUCCUAAAUAAUCAAUGGAUCAACAAGCAAAUCAAAAUAAUUGAGAAUGGCCAUUCCACUGGGACAGUCCACCAAAGGAAACUCCCCAUAGACGUCAUCACAAGCGGCCUCCUCGCUUGCGUGCUACCGUGUGGAAGCUGAGUGCAUGUGGUAUAUUUUAUUCAUUUUUGUCAAGCGUUCUGUUUUGUGUUUACUAAUUGGGAUGUCAUAGUAUUUAGCUGUCAGGUUUUGUGUUUUGUUUUGUUUUUAACUUCUGGGUAAAUUUUAUGUAAAGGGGAAUUGGUGUGUAUGUGUGUUUAUCAAAUACGCACACAUACAGUGCACAUGGUAAAAAGAAACUGGUUAGGUGGGGGUAUUUUCUGAAAACUGCAAAAACAAUUCAGCAACGUGGCUUGAGUCGUCACUUUUGGACAAUUCUAUCCUAAGAAAUUUGUGAAAAGAUCUAAAGCCUUUCUCUGUAUACCCCAGGUUCUUAUGAGCCGCUCACAGCAGGCAGCAUAUGCUAAAACAAGUUAUUAUGGAAACACACCUGUAUCCCCUCACCUAUGUAUUUUGUUUAUUAAAUAAAUGUAUUCUGUCUGA